AGAGCCACGCUGGACCUAGGCUGAGAAGAGAGCGAAGGAGGAGUAGUCUGGAAAUUAUUUUCAACUUCUGAAUUUUUCUCAUAUCUCUUCCUACGAGGACACCAAAUAGUCUUGAAUUAUCUACGCAACAUUCUUGAGUUUUUCAACGUUGAAGAAAGCGUACAACCAGCAACAUGUGUACAGGAAAGUGCUCUAAGGCCAUUGCGAUCCCGCUCUAUGUCCUGGCGGGGGUCUCAAUCAUCUGUAACAUCAUUGCGUUCUUCCCUGGCUGGUCGACGGAGUACGCUCAGGAAGACAGAGAUGGGAAAGGAGACCGGAUCACAGAUGAGGUUAAAUAUAUGGGAGGGUUCAUCGGCGGCGGGCUCAUGUGCCUUAUCCCAGCCAUCCACAUCCACCUGACCAGCAGUAAUGGUUGCUGUGCCAACCGCUGUGGGAUGUUCCUGUCCAUUGGGUUUGCUGCUGCUGGGGUUGUUGGAGCUCUGUACAGUUUGGCUACGGCUGCCCUGGUCCUGGCCAACGGGCCUGUCUGCUUAUUCAAGGUUAUAGGUGACAAAGAUGCAAGUUGGGGGAGGCCCUUCAUGAACAACAGCGGCAGUUACCUGGGUGACAGUGAACUCUGGAAGACUUGUCUAAAGCCAGACGAUGUUGUGGAGUUUAACAUCGGCCUGUUCGCCACUCUACUUGUGGCUGCUAGUGUGGAACUGGUGCUGUGCGCAAUACAGAUGGUCAACGGACUGUUCGGAUGCAUCUGUGGUACCUGUGGCGGAAAGGAGUAGGAAGCGUGAUGAUCAAUGAUGACCAUCGACUGUGACCAUUUUUCAACCACGACCACUUGAGGACCGUCAAGAGGAAUGAAUGGUUAUUUGAAGAGUGAUUAUACUUACUUUGCUCUGGGGCCAAGAGUAUUUAUGAUAUACAUAGACUGCUUAGUGUAGCCUAGUAAACACAUCAGUGACUGUAAUAUGUAGCCUAUAGUCGUGUUUAUAUUGGUAUGACAUUUGCAUCUUCUGUGAAUUGUGUUUCUCAUGUUUUAAUUUAAUUCUAUGCAGAUUUUAAUUUGUUUUAUUUUGUAAUAAAAGCU